AUGAGCUAUUAUCCGUAUGACCUUAUUUAUCCAGAAUUAAGAGAAGAAAAUUCACGAACGAUAACAAAUACUCGGACACAGAAAAAACAAGAAUUAGAAUCGGAUGAAGAGAGUUUUACAGAUGAGGCGUCUGUACCAAGCGAUGAAUUUGAUUCGUCUUAUGACAGUGAUGAAACUGAAGAGGAAUUGUUUGAACUUUGUUUUUACAAUGAGAAUAAUGAACUAAUAUAUGGUGAUGUAAGAAUUGCAGUUGAGGAAGCCGACAUUGAGGACAUUGAUCCAUCUAGAAAAUUUCCGGAGGG